AUGUGGCGUCGCGAGGAUCGUCGUGCUCCGGGCGGAGGUUUCUGGACACCACCACCGACAUGGAACCUGAGGAAAAGAGUCUACGCGGCGAUGCCGAACUCGGAGAGAAAGAGAACAUCUUCGAUCGAGAAGCAAGAACCGUUUCACAUGAUCCACAAAGUUCCUUCCGGCGAUUCCCCUUACGUCAGAGCCAAACACGCCCAGGUAUCAUCAAUUUCUGAAAUUCCUUUCGAUUACUUUUGGAGUGAUUGUUCUCCGAAUGCUGUUGAUGAUUUAAGGAUCUUAUUUCCUGCGACUAGUAUCGGUUUGAUGAAAGAUUCACGAGAACAGUUGAUAAGCAAAGACCCAGAUCGAGCCAUUGCCUUGUUUUGGGCUGCGAUUAAUGCCGGAGAUCGUGUUGAUAGCGCAUUGAAGGACAUGGCAGUUGUUAUGAAACAAUUAAACCGAUCCGACGAAGGAAUCGAAGCGAUCAAAUCUUUCCGGUAUCUCUGCCCUUUCGAAUCCCAAGAUUCCAUUGAUAACUUGCUACUUGAGCUCUAUAAGAAGUCAGGGAGGAUUCAAGAAGAAGCUGAGCUGCUUGAACACAAACUGAAAUCACUUGAACAAGACACGAAUCACAGUGUCUCGAAAAGAUGCCACGGGAAGCAAAUCAACAUGACAAUCGAGCAAGAGAAAGCACGGAUUCUAGGGAACUUAGCUUGGGUUCAGUUACAACUUCACAACUAUGGAAUCGCUGAGAAACAUUACAGGAAAGCUUUGUCUUUGGAGCCUGACAAUAACAAGCAGUGCAAUCUUGCCAUCUGCUUGAUGCGUAUGGACAGGAUCACAGAAGCUAAAUCUCUACUUGAUGACGUAAGACAGUCUCUGCGGAAUCAAAAAUCGAAGGACGAACCGUUUCACAAGUCUUUCGAACGUGCUACAGAGAUGUUAGCGGAGAGAGAAGGAACCAUCAAAGUAGUAGCGGAUAAACCAAUUCCAAAAGUUCUUAUGAAAAGUAGCUCUUCUGAUAACUUCUCUCCGAGCCGUUCGUCUGCGAGCUGGACGAAUGAAAAGCAUGGUCCUGAAGUAGGAAACACGUACAAGAAGGACUCCUCGCGUGUUUGCUUUGAAUCGCCGAUUCUGAUUUCACAGCCACGGGAGUGUAAAUGGGGAGAUGAGGAGGAAGUGACAACACUUGCUGCUGCUCGAAGGCUAAGGUUUUACGAGAAGAAGGAGACGACGAGUGUGGAGUCUGUAGAGUCGGGUACUAAUGGACCUUGCAUAACAAGCAAGCUAAGGAAGAUGUGUGAAGAUUUAGUCAAAGAGGAUGCUUCAGGAUCAUCUUCAGCUUAUGCUCAGAUCAUGGACAUUGUUCAAAGAACCGUGUAG